AUGGAGUUUGAAAAGAAUAUUGUGAACUAUCUCGAGUCAAAACAAUCUGCCGAAUGGAGUUUAAUCGGAGUUCUACGAUAUUUGGCUGAAGAUAUAGACUACACAAGUGAAAGAAUGGAAGAGAUCGUUGAUAUCUUCAAGCGACAUUUGAUCGGAAGAUCCAACGACGACAAUGUCAAAAAGGCAGCACGAAAUAAAGCUAAUAAAUUUUGUGAAUCUUUGAAGCUAACUCUAACUCGCACAGAUAUUAAGGAAUUCCUAGACCAACAAGAUAAACAUUACGUGACAAAUGUUGAAAAAAGUGUUAUUACAGAUAAAAUAGUGAUAGUAAAAGCAAGCAGUAAAAGAUUCAUAGAUCAUAACAACGAAGACAUUACAAACUCAGCAACAGUCGAAGCUGUAAGGGAAGAAGGAAUAAGUGCGCAAGUAGAUGGUGGAAACAUGAGCAUAGAACAAACUACUGAGGGUACACAAGAUGAAGUUAGAGUAGAUGAAAAUGAGAAGAUGAUAUGUGUAAAGAGCAUACUUGAGGACUCAAUGAUGGCUUCGUCUGUUGAAAAGGCUAUUGCAGAUUUUUUCUUUGACAAUUUUUCUACUACUACAAUUAUGGAUUUACACCCAAGAUCAAAAUUUUCAUUAGCUCUGGAUUCGAAGCUUCAAAUGGAAAUAUUGCACGAAAUUUUUGAUCAAAUUGAUAACGAAUACAUAACAGAUGAGAUUCAUGAUUUUCUCAUCAUAUUUUUCAAUGAUGACCGAAGCGCAGGAGGCUGGGCUGAAGCCAUUGAUGAUAUGAAUAUUAAUAAAGAUUCAUUUUCGUUGGCAGGUCUCAAUCCCUUAAGGGAUAUUACAAUUCUUGAAAAACCACACCUAAAUCAGUUUGUGCAUCCCAUAAUUGACUCGGCAUUAUGGAUUUUCGCUAAAGUGAAUUACAAAUAUGGAGAAAUACCUUUGAAAGCCUUUAAGACUAGAGUACGAGCUGAUGGUGUAGGGUUCCUUAAUGACGUAGUCAACUAUCCUAUUAUCUGUGGAGAGGGGGCUAGACCAGGAGCAUCCCAGCAAAAAAGCAUUGAUGACGAUAAUAAAAAUGCCAAAAGCAUGAAAGCGAUUUACAACAUAUUAAGUGUCACUCACAAUGAUGGAUUUUCGCAGUUGUUUGAGAUUGAUCAUUUCGGAAUUCCGAAAGAUUGGAUUGAUAUGCCAAACUUUGCAUGGCUGUAUGAGGCUGUAAUUAAUUAUGUGUCAGUUCGACAUGAGAGUAGUUUAUUAAAUAUAGAAAGAAAAGAAGAGCAACCUGAUACUCCGAGUCAAUUAAUGCAAAAAAAUUAG